AUGGAAGGGAGCUUUGGGAGUUACACUGAUAAGACGAGAGUGUUGGAUAUUAAACCAUUGCGUACUUUGAAACCUGUGUUCCCAAGUGGGAAUCAAGCUCCACCUUUUGUCUGUGCACCUCCUUUUGGUCCCUUUCCACCUGGUUUCUCUCCUUUCUAUCCGUUUAGUGCUUCUCAAGGAGUGAGCCAACACACUCCAGAUCUCAACCAAUCUCAGUAUACACCUCAGCAUCAGCCUCAGACUCAGAACAGCUCAGAGCCUUCGUUGGUUACUCCUUUAAGGACAUUCAAGUCUGCUGAUAAAGCAACUAAUGGUGAUGUUGUGGAGCUUGAGGGGUCAACAGUGAAGAGAAAGAUCCCUAGAAAGCGUACUCCUAUUGCUCAGAACGCGAAUUUCGAGAGCGGGAUCAGCGUGGCUGAAAGAGAGAAUGGUGAUCGGAGGCUUGUGAUGAGUGUGCUUAUGAGGUUUGAUGCGUUGAGGAGAAGGUUUUCACAGCUGGAAGAUGCUAAGGAAUCCGUUAGUGGGAUUAUCAAACGUGCUGAUUUGAAAGCUGGGUCUACUUGCGUUUCACUUGUGAAUGAAGUUGAUUCCGAGAAUGGACCUCUUUAUUUCACCUACUCAACAACUGUGAACUACUCAGAUUCGUUUAAGCUGGCGCAGCCUUCUUAUGGAUGCGAGUGUGGGAACUCGUGUAAACCAGGGAACUUGAACUGUCACUGCAUAAGGAAAAACGGAGGUGAUUUCCCUUACUCUGAGACAUGUGAAAUUGUGAAUAAACUGGAGCAGACUUGUUUAUCUGACAGGGAUCUUAUGAAUGACUUUGCUUUUGGUGGCAACUUAAGUAUUAAAGUCUCUUUCUCUUCAACAGCAUAA